AAAAACCAAUAUGUCUACCUCCCAAAGGUGGUACAAAUACAAUGUAUACCAACUGUUGGGUAACUGGAUGGGGCUUCACAAAGGAAAAAGGUGAAAUUCAAAACACCCUACAAAAGACAAAUAUUCCCUUGGUAGCAAAUGAUGAAUGCCAGAAAAGCUACAGAGACUAUGAAAUAACCAAACAGAUGAUCUGCGCUGGCUAUAAAGAAGGGGGUAAAGAUGCUUGUAAGGGAGACUCAGGUGGCCCCUUGGUUUGUAAGCAUAAUAGAAUGUGGAAUUUGGUCGGUAUCACCAGCUGGGGUGAAGGCUGUGGCCGAAAGAAACAACCAGGUGUCUACACCAAAGUUGCUGAAUAUGUGGACUGGAUUUUAGAGAAAACACAGGACAGUGAAGGAAAAUCUUUGACGAACCUACCAGCAUGAAUAAAGUUUAUAAAGCCGGGGGAAAGUUCAGCUUGUAGCAUAUGUUGUACAACUGCAAUUCAAUUCACACAGUGAACCCUGAGGUCCUGAUCUCAUGUGAAAGCUGAUAUUUACCUCGCAUCCUGGUCAUCAGAAUGAAAAUAAUGCACACAUUAUUUUAAAGUUGCUGAGAUCACUAUCUUGCAUAUGCUUUUAUCAUUCAGAAAUAAUGCUAACAAUCUCCAUGAAUUUUUUUGUGAUGAAAGAAAAUGCCAAAGAAAUGCAACUAAGAAGUGUUUUCUUCUGAUUUUUCAAACAGAAUAAAAAAAUAAUUGAGUCCAGAUUCUA